AUGCGAUCAUUUCUGUACUUUUCGACCCUUCUUGGCACAGCCGUAGCUGCGGGUUGCCCGUACAUGAGCGGUGAACUUGGCGCUCGAGGUGAAGACUUGGGCAAGCGUCAAGUCGCGACUUCCAUUGAAGAGACAACGAUAUCUACUCAAGAGUUCCUCGCACCAUUUGAACUGAACGAUACCGAUGUCUAUAUGACAACCGACUCUGGGACACCAAUUGACGAGGCGGUCAGUUUGAAGGCAGGCCUACGCGGGCCAACUUUACUGGAGGACUUCAUCUUUAGGCAGAAGCUUCAGCGAUUUGACCAUGAACGUAUCCCUGAGCGUCCAGUACAUGCACGAGGUGCUGGAGCCUACGGUGUCUUCACAAGCUAUGGCAAUUUCAGCAACAUUACAGCUGCAUCAUUCUUGUCCCAAGCAGGCAAACAAACGCCAAUGUUCACUCGAAUGUCCACAGUUAUUGGUGAACGGGGUAGUACAGAUUCCGCCAGAGAUGUUCACGGUCUUGCGACCAGAUUUUAUACUGACGAAGGAAACUUUGACAUUGUUGGAAUCAAUGUUCCAAUUUUCUUCAUUAACGACGCCAUACUUUUCCCUGACCUCAUUCAUGCUUUGAAGCCCCAGCCAAAUAACCAAAUCCCGCAGGCCGCUACAGCCCACGAUACGGCCUACGAUUUCUUCAGUCAAGAGACUAGCGCAUUGAACUUGGUCAUGAUGGUCAUGGCUGGCUAUGGCAUUCCUCGAUCUUACCGCCACAUGGAUGGCUGGGGAGUGCAUACGUAUCGUCUCGUCACGAACGAGGGGGCUACAAAAUUAGUCAAAUGGAAUUGGAAAUCAUUACAAGGAAAGGCAAGCUUCUUAUGGGAAGAAGCUCAGGCUGUAGGUGGCAAGAAUUCUGAUUUCCAUCGCCAAGACAUGUGGAACGCGAUUGAGGCAGGCAUUUAUCCGGAAUGGGAGCUCGGUGUUCAAAUCUUUGAUGAGGAUCAGCAGCUUGCUUUUGGCUUCGAUGUUCUAGAUGACACUAAAUUUAUCCCGGAGGAGAUUGUCCCAAUUACUCCACUUGGGGUGAUGACAUUGAAUGCGAAUCCGCAGAAUUACUUUGCUGAGACUGAGCAAAUAGGGUUCCAACCUGGACACAUUGUUCGCGGUAUCGACUUCUCUGAUGACCCAGUCCUUCAAGGACGUCUCUACUCGUACCUAGAUGCCCAGCUUAACCGAUAUGGAGGUCCAAACUUUGAGCAGGCUCCCGUGAACAGGCCAAGAGUACCUAUCCACAAUAACAACCGUGAUGGUAAGGCACAAGCGUACAUCCCCACCAACAUUGCGGCCUACUCGCCCAACACACUCAACUUCGGAUCUCCUAUGGAAGCGAAUCAAACUACUGGAAAGGGGUUCUUCACUGCUCCCCGCUACGUAUCUGGAGAACUCACUCGUGAGCUUUCUCCCACAUUUGCAGACCACUGGACUCAGCCACGUUUGGUUUGGAACUCGCUUUCGCCAGCAGAACAACAAAUUGCCGUCAACGCCCUCCGAUUUGAAACAUCGCACGUUGUAUCCACGACGGUCAGACAGAAUUUUAUCAAUCAAUUGAAUCUGAUUGACAAUGACUUGGCUGUGCGGGUGGCACAAGUCCUUGUCGACGUGACAGUCCCUCCACCAGACGCCACCUACUACCAUAACAACAAGACCUCAUACAUCUCCAUCUUCAACAACUCACUGCCGACUAUACAAGGUCUCAAUUUCGGUAUCCUGGCAUCAAUUUACUCAAACCAAUCCAUGUCCCAAGCAGCAACACUUAGUCGGCAAUUCGCCAACCUGGGCCUCUUCGUCAGCGUCGUAGCCGAAACCCUUGUCCCAGGUGUGAACCUCACAUACUCCGCCGCCGACGCCAUCGACUUCGACGGCCUUCUCGUCACUCCAGGCUCGGAAAGUAUUUUCAUCAACGGAACAUCUCCGCUCUAUCCACUUGGUCGUCCACUCCAGAUCGUGCAAAAUGCGUACGACUUUGGAAAGCCGGUGGGGGCUCUGGGCAGUGCCAGCACCGUCUUUCGAACCGCCAACAUUCUCGAGGGUCCGGGAGUCUACUUCAAUAAUAGCACUGCCACGCUACUCACUGACUUCGAGGCUGGAUUGAAGACGUUCAAGUUUCUUGGACGGUUCCCAUUGGACCCUGGUUACUAACAGCUGAGAACGGUUACGACUAUUUGGAGCGGGUGAGACGAUGGCUCGGCCAAUAUUAUGUAUGAUAGCGGUAUUAUAAUUACAUCAUAUAUAGCCUUCAACUCUACCCGAUUUUUUGCAACUUUUGCUGGGAGUAUUCUGCCUCGUAAUGUGUCCGACACCUCGGCGGUAGAGUUGAUGAGGUCGGUGUCCUCAAGUAUUCAAUUGUCGAUGACUUCGUCAUUUGGUGUAGCGGAUGGAUUCGCUUGGCCAUUUCCGGCGAAGUCGCGGCUGUAAAUGCGAUGAUGUUCAUGCACAGCUAGAUACAGUCUCAAUCAGAUACAGGUGAUGAUCAGGGUCAGCCGUCGCGCCUGAUCCCCAAAGCCCAAUGGUACCGGUAAGGAACGAGUGCCAGAGAUGACUUGCACGGGACUGCUUGCAGUAGACAGGAUGUAGUCUAAAGGUAACACAGUAGAUGAAGAUUUCAAGACAUCCAGC